UGCUUCUUGCUUCAGUCCGAGGCAGGCACAGGCACAGAUUCCGACUGACGGGUGGCAAGUGAUCUAAAAAGAGAAAGAGCUGCGUUGCACAGAUACAGCUCCAGUCAGCCAGCAGGAUCUACCGAUCUAAAAGUAAACUUGUGAAGUGUAGUGUUGCGAGAGGGAGAGACUUACAUCACGGGAAUUUUUGUAAAAAAAUUGUGUGUGAAUUGUGACAAACUGGGACAGUGUUUAAAAAUAUAAAUUAUAAGUUAUGGCGGAAAGUCGCGGUAGUUUAUUGGCUAAAUCUGUUCAAAAACAUGCAGGAAGGGCCAAAGAAAAGUUGUUACAAAAUCUUGGGAAGGUUGACCGGACGGCUGACGAAAUAUUCGACGAACACUUACAAAAUUUCACAAGACAACAAAAUGCUGCCAAUAGACUACAAAAAGAAUUUAGUAAUUACAUUAGGUGUAUAAGAGCGUGCCAAGCGGCGUCAAAAACCCUCUUGGACGCCAUAGGGGAAAUCUACGAGAGCCAAUGGACUGGACACGACCUGCUGUACGUUCAGACACAAUCUGUUGAUAUGUUAUGGCAGGAUUUCAGUCACAAACUAGCGGACCAAGUAUUACUUCCAUUAAACACGUAUCAGGGACAGUUUCCAGAAAUGAGGAAAAAAAUCGACAAAAGGGGCCGUAAACUCGUCGACUACGACAGUCAACGACACAGCUUCCAAGCCCUACAGACCAACAUGAAGAAGAGGGACGAAGUGAAGAUCGCGAAGGGCCGGGAACAGUUAGAAGAAGCAAAGCGAACAUACGAGAUGUUAAAUUCGGAACUACACGACGAACUGCCAGCACUAUACGAUUCCAGGAUUCUCUUCUUAGUCACCAACCUCCAGUCUCUCUUCAACGCCGAAAAUACCUUCCACAUAGAAUCUGCUAAAGUAAUGGGAGAACUCGAAGCCAUCGUAGACAAAUUAGCAACAGACAGUCAAAGGGGGUCCUACAGCGUAAAGAAAACCAACGGAGCCAGUCUUCCUCGCCCGACUAGCCUUCCUAAAACUAAAGAUAUUAUCAUCAACAAUACUUCCCCAGUCAACUCGAAUAGAGCCGAAGAACCCGCUGAAUCCCCCACCAAGAAAUCCUCCCCUAAACUAGACUCCACUCCCACCACACCCACUAAACACGAAGAAACGCCAACAGAACAAGUCACGCCAACUCACGAACAACCCCCUCCACUUCCCGCCACUUCCGCUCCCACACCGAAACCGGAAGUAAACGGCACGACUACGCCGGACGGUAACCGAUCCCCCUCUCCCAAGCCUCAGCCGGCUGCUACCAAUGACAACUCCGCUACUAACAACAACAAUGCAAACAAUAAAAAAGUCGAAGAGCUUUAUGAUAUACCUGUAGGUGCCAGCACCGACAACCUGCCACCUGGGGUACUAUACAGAGUGAAGGCGACGUACAAAUACAACCGAGAAGACGUUGAUGAACUUUCUUUCGAUGUAGGCGAAGUAAUAUGCGUCAUUGAAUACGAUGAUCCUGAAGAACAGGAAGAGGGAUGGCUCAUGGGCGUAAAAGAUAACGGCGAGAAGGGCAUGUUCCCUGCUAACUUCACGAGACCACUCUAGAAACCCCCCUAAAGAACAAUAACGAAGGGGUAAUUUUUCAAAUUAACUUUAGCGAUAUUCAUAUUAUCGGCGUGUAUUUUUGACACGCCAUGUAUAAUGAACAAGUGCCUUACUUCAUGAUAUAUUUUUAUAGGUUUUUUAUGUUGAAAGUUUAUUUUUAACAUCGAAGAAAGAAUUUUGUUAAUUUAUUUUCAAAUUGUUAUCUCUUUUUAGAAUCUAUCAUCGUUUUUCUUUUCGUCGCUUUCGAAUACUCAAAUAAACGAAAUUUUUCUGCAUUUUAUUCUCAUUAAUUUUUUCUUGUUAAGUAACAAUGUUAACUGUAGGUUAUAUUCUGUUUAUUAUAUACGUAUUUUUUUCGAUUUAUAAAAUAGAUUUAUCGUUACACAGAAGGGUAGUUUUGGCAACUAAAUCAACCGUUCGUAUGUAUCUAUGAUUUUUGGGUGCUACGAUAGUAUGUGGUCUACUUCCAAGGAUGCGGUCUACCGGUGCAUAUAGAACUGUAAUAGUGUGCGAUGUACUGAUCGCAAAAAUUCCUGACGAAUCUGCGCAAAAUAAUGAACUACAAGAAAAGUUUUGUAGAAUGUCUAUUCAUUGUAAUAAGCAUUUGGAGGAUAACAAAUAAUGUAAAAUGAAUGGGGACUAAUAAUGUACAAAAAAAUACACCUUAACUAUUUACGAAAGAAUGUUAUACGUAACUUAAUUAUUUUCAAAACGAUACAACCUAAUUAUUAUUAUUAAAGAAAAAAAUUAUGCACCUUUAUUUAAGAGAGAGAGAGGCAGUUAAUGAUUCUAGCUUAAAAAGUCAUGCAGGCACCCCAAUUAAGAAGAUUAUGGUGUUAUUUAUAUAAUAGUAAAUAAAUAAGUUUAUUGUGUAUUCCUGAAAAUUACUACUUAGCAAUAAACAUUUUACCUGCAAACUGUUUGCUGCCUUUCAUUAUUGUGUGCAAAUCCUUCUGAGAAAAUAGUAUAAUGUUGUUUAGCCGCACAGGUAGACCGCAAGCUAUUGCUUAAACAAGAUGGUAGACCUCAUACUAUAGUGGCACCGAUUUUUGUCAACGUGACUCACAAGGAAUUCAAACGGGAUCUUUUCUAGCUUUUUUUGUCCCGUCAUUGUGGAGCAAAACAGGAUAUACUUCUAAACGUUUUGUAACUUAUCUUACCCCCUCUGCAAAAGUUAUAUAUGCCUUAGUUGAGCUUUUUAUUUUUAAGUGGUUAAAACCACCCCUUAUUAAAAAAAUGAAUAUUAAAGCAUAUCGUAUAUAAUGUAAUUAUCUGCUUAUAUAAAAUAAUGUUUGUUAAUUUCAACACUUCAGCUCUUAAAAACUACUCCCCCUUGUCAAGAAUAGGUAUAUAAAAAAUCUUUCUUAAAUACACGUGUCAAAACGUCAUAAAAUUGUAAAAAUUUCAAACGCUAUAAUCCUGUAUUUAUAUUCCAGAAAAAAAAUAAUUCUCUGCUCAUAAAAUUUUCAACUCUUAAAAACCACCCCUUUGCUCAAGUUUCAAUUGUGUAUGUCUCUGUUAUUUUUCGAGCUACAACAAAAAUAAGAAAAUCAAAAUUAAUUUUUAUUAAGAAAAAGCUAUAUUUUGUAUAAUAUACAUACAUAAAUAUAACCAUUUUUCACGUAUCUUUUAUAGUUUUAGAUUUAUUCUGAAAAAAAUGCAAAUUUUUGGAUAAUUUCAAAAAAAAAUUAAUUCAAACAUGGUUUUUCAAAAUAUACUGAUUCUAUUAGCUAAAUUUUGCUAAAGUUUGGAUAUUAUAAAUAACUCUAAAAUAAAAGGAAUUGUAGAAAAUAUAUGUUUAAUUUCAAUUCUGAUAAAAAUACUGUUACCUAUACUAUACUGCUCGUUUUUUUCAAACAUUAUAGUAAUUAAUCCAACUUCUUUCCAUUCCUAUAUUUGAUGUUAAAUACAUCGAGUGUAGUACCCUAAAAAUAGAAAGUCUUCUUUAAACAAUUAUAAAUCUCCUAGGAAAAAAAUAUAUAUAUGAAAUGUUUUUUGUUUAAAAUUUGAUCAUCAAUUUCCGGAGUUAUUUUGACUAUAAAAAUUUCAAACCUGGGAUGGGGUGUCAGCCACCCCAGGGGUAAAAGCAGACAUCGACACCAUAACUUACGUUUUUUGACUAAUUUCCUACCAAUUGUAAAUGUUUCAGACAAAUCGAUGCAGUUAUCAAAAAUUUAGAGGGAAUUUCCACAGUAACUAGACUAUUUAGAGAAGUUUCUAGGAGGUAGGGCAUCCAGUUGGUCGCUCUGUGUCCUUUUGGGCCUGUAAGGAUUGCUAUUCUUUACAAUAGAACUUGAUACUUUACAAUGUUUUAAAUUGUCUUCUCGAAUCUAAUCUUCUCGACUAGAUUAGUAAUGUUGUAGCUAAGCCAUAUAAAGGUAGGCUCUGAGAAUACCGAUCAGAAUAAUAAGACUCAUCUUCACAGCAUGUUUACUUUUCGGGUGGCUGUCCUCAUGAACCAUUCACCAAUUUGCUAGCAUCCUUGUUCGUCAAUUCAUUGUGAGUCGCAGAGUAUGCUAAAUUUUGUAUUGUAUGUUAAAAAUAGUAAGUGCUACAAAUAGAUUCAGAUUAAAUUGACUGAAAACAAAAAAAAAUGUAACUUUUAAGCAAUAUUAUGUUUUAAAUGUAAAUUUUUUUAUGACCUGAUUAAAAAGUAUUCGUCUAGGUCCAAUAAAUACAUAAAUGAAGUUAAAUAUACUCUGUAUAGGUUUAUUCUAGCAUGUGGUUUUGUAUGGUUUGACACCAGAUAGUGUACUGCUUUACUGCGCAUGUUCAAUCCACAAACUGGCAGCAAACUGUUUUUUGCUGGAACGCUUUUUUUAUCGGAGAAAAUGCCAACGUCAAAUUUAACAGGUCCAUGUUUGUUUUUAUUUAUAAUUUUGAGGUUAGAUUAUAAAUACAUUUUUCUUUAUAAAAGUAUCGAAAUUUUCAAGAUUUAUGAUAAAUAUUGAAAAUGAAUGUUCUAAACGUAAAUAAUGGUAAGUAAUAGUCAAAACAUUAUUAUUUUCAAUUAAAAUUUAUAAACCUCAAAUAAAUAAUAUUACUGCGCAAGUCGCAAACGGAAAAUCCGAACAAAAUCCGCAAACUCUUGUUGACCGUUUCAAGCCAGAUUCCAAAUCAAAAUUUACUUACGUUAGAACGCUGGACUAGUAGUUUCAAACUAGCAAUUGGUGUGCUUGAACGCCAUCAAACAAAUGCGCAUGCUUCUGAUAAUUUCAAACCGUUUGAAACUGAUGCUAGAACAAACCUUAUUUUAAAAUAAAUUAUACAAUAAUAUAAAAAUCAAAUUUAACAGACUGAAACGUUUAGUAAGCCCUAAAUGAUUCCUUGGUAUUGUUAUUGAUAAUAAAUUUAAAUCUUUUAAGAGCGGGCGCGAAACAAUUAGUCACUAUGUAAAUUGUUCACCAAAUUAAUAAAGAAAUCUUUCUUACGAAGACGUUAAAAAUAUUCUUGAUCGUUUGUAGUUGGAUUUAAUGAAAUUUUUAAGCCUGAGGAGUAUCCUUUUGUAUACCAUGGUCGUAAUUGAAGCGAAGGUCUUGAUCUAUAUAUUAUGAUAUUAAGGAAUAUCAACUCUUUCUGGUCCAAAAUAAAAAGAUUUGGCAAUGUUCCCAUAUGGAAACAUUGGUAGGUAUUAGGAUUCAGUACAGAAGUACAGGAAUUGGUGACACUUUAGAAACUUAUCUUGUACUAUAUUCAUAAUUAAAUCAAGAACGAAUUCACCAUAUUUUUGAAAACGUUCGUAAAAUUCGAAAUGUUAGUCAGUUUCAUGAAUUCUGUGAAAAAUCAAUGCACUUUUUAUACCUGAGCACUAGGUUUUAAUAUACUUUCAUCGUAUUAAAAGCCUUUUUCGAUCUAGAUAUGAAAUGGACCAAUAAGAACUCUUUAAGGUACCGAAAAAAGGAUUUGACAAUGUUGCCUUAUGGAAACAUUGGCUGGUAUUAGUCUUCAGUGUGGUGACAUUGUAGAGACUUGUCGUGUACCCUAUUCACAAUUAAAUCAAGAACGAAUUCAUCAUCUGUUUGAAAACAUUCGAGAAAUUCGAAAUGUUAUGCAGUUUCAUAAAAUUUCUGAAAAAUUAAUGCACUUUUUUAAGCUGAGCACUAGGUUUUGAUAUACAUUCGUUGUAUUUGAGGCUAAUCUGUCUAUGUAGAUAUGAAAUCGACCAAUAGUAGCUCUUUCUGGUUCCUAAAAUGGGAUUUAACAAUGUUCCCGAACGGAAACAUUGGCUGGUAUUAGUAUUCAGUGUGGUGAUACUGUAGAGACUUGUGUUGUAACCUAUCCACAAUUAAAUCAAGAACGAAUUCAUCAUGUGUUUGAAAACAUUCGAGAAAUUCGAAAUGUUAUGCAGUUUCAUAAAAUCUCUGAAAAAUGAAUGCACUUUUUAAAGCUGAGCUUGAUAUAUUUUCGUUGCAUUUGAAGCUAAUCUGUCUAUGUAGAUAUGAAAUCGACCAAUAGUAGCUCUUUCUGGUUCCUAAAAUGGGAUUUAACAAUGUUCCCGAACGGAAACAUUGGCUGGUAUUAGUAUUCAGUGUGGUGAUACUGUAGAGACUUGUGUUGCAUCCUAUCCACAAUUAAGUGCGAAUUCAUCAUCGGUUUGAAAAUGUUCAAGCAAUAUAUAUGAUACGCAAAUUCGCGCAAUUUGUGAAAAAUCAAUGCACUUUUUAUGCCUGUGCACUAGGUUUGUAUAUACUUUUAUCCUAUUACAAGCCAAUUUUUCGAUCUAGAUAUGAAAUGGACUAAAAGAAAUCUUUCUGGUCCCAAAAAAGGAUUUGACGAUAUUGCCUUAUGGAAAUAUUGAUUGAUAUUAAAAUCCAAUGUGGUGACACUGUACAUAGAGACUUGUCGUGUACCCUAUUCAUAAUUAAAUCUAGUACGAAUUCGUCAUAUUUUUGAAAACGUUUGUAAAAUUCGAAAUGUUAGGCAGUUUCAUGAAUUCUGUGAAAAAUCAAUGCAUUUUUUAUACCUGAGCACUAGGUUUUGAUAUACUUUCAUCGCAUUCAAAGCCUCUUUCGAUCUAGAUAUGAAAUGGGGCAAUAAGAACUCUUUAUGGUACCGAAAAAAGGAUUUGACAAUGUUCCCUUACGGAAACAUUGGCUGGUAUUAGUCUUCAGUGUGGUGACACUGUAGAGACUUGUCUUGUACCCUAUUCACAAUUAAAUCAAGAACUACUUCAUCAUAUGUUUGAAAACAUUCGAGAAAUUCGAAAUGUUAUGCAGUUUUAUCUGUAAAAUUAAUGCACUUUUUAAAGCUGAGCACUAGGUUUUGAUAUACUUUCGUCGUAUUUGAAGCUAAUCUGUCUAAGUAGAUAUGAAAUCGACCAAUAGUAGCUCUUUCUGCUUCCUAAAAAGGAAUUUAACAAUGUUAUCGUACGGAAACAUUGGCUGGUAUUAGUAUUCAGUGUGGUGAUACUGUAGAGACGUGUGUUGUAUCCUAUCCACAAUUAAAUCAAGUGCGAAUUUAUCAUCAUUUUGAAAAUGUUCGAGCAAUAUGUUACGCAAAUUGGCGCAAUUUGUGAAAAAUCAAUGCACUUUUUAUACCUGAGCACUAGGUUUGUAUAUACUUUUAUCCUAUUAGAAUCCAAUUUUUCGAUCUGGAUAUGAAAUGGACUAAAAGAAAUCUUUCUGGUCCCAAAAAGGGAUUUGACGAUGUUGCCUUAUGGAAAUAUUGAUUGAUAUUAAUAUCCAAUGUGGUGACACUGUACAUAGAGACUUGUCGUGUACCCUGUUCAUAAUUAAAUCUAGUACGAAUUCGUCAUUUGUUUGAAAACGUUUAAGAAAUUUGAAAUUUUACGAAGUGUCUUAAAAUCUGCGAAAAUCAAUGCAUGUAUUAAAGCUGAGCACUAACUUUUUUCUUCGUAUUUGAAAGAAUAUCUCGAUCUAGAUAUGAAAUCGUCCAAUGUCAACUCUUUCUGAUCCAGAAAUAAGAAUUUGAGAAUGUUCCCGAUUGGAAACAUUAGUUUCUAUUGAAAUUUAGUAUGGCAUUUAUGGCAUACUAAAUACAUACGGCAUAUUUAUGGCAACGAAUUCACCAUCUGUUUGAAAACUUUUAUGAAAUUCCAAUCGCUACGCAGUUUAAUACGCAAUUCGAAAUAUGAGUAUCGUCUGAUACUAGUUGGGUUCUGCUUAGCUUGCCUUCGGUCCAGACCAGACCAAGGUUUCUUGGGUCUUCGGUCACGUUUUCCUCCCUCAAAUAAACGACCACAAACGAGACGUGAUAGCCCCCUCACUAUAAAAAGAUUUCUUUAUCCUCAGACAGUCUUGCCUUGACGGCUUUUUGACAUCUGAACAAUUUUGAGAAGAGUAAUUUAUGUGACUGAUUUUUUUCUUUCGUGUGUAUCACACUUUUGUUGACAACAGUUAAUUCGGUAUUUAAAAGAGUGUAACAUAACAAUAAAAAACAUUUUUGAUCAAAAGGUAGUAUUAGAUUAGCGCUCAAAUCGUUUUCGAUUUUUAAAAUUUUAUUAAGAAGUAGCAGAAUGGCAGUUUAAAUGCUGUUGCUGUAGUUUUUAGUGACCUUUUUUUACUUUAGUGUAAAUCAUUGAAUAUAAAAUGAAAUGGUUAUAAGAAACACUUAGAUAGAUAAAAUAACAACUACUGUUAUUACAGAGAUAACUUGUACGAGAUAUGCAUCAUCAGUUAUCUUAGGUUUAUUUGUACAUUACUUAUGCAAGACUUUGGAGAAACUUCUUAUGACAAGUUUCCAUUUUGUUUUUGUCAAUAUGAUGUAAUUAUCACAUUGUAUAUGUCUAUUUCGUUUUAUGUUCAAAGAUAUAAAUAAUCUUUGAUCUAUAAAUUUUGGAAUUCAUUAUUACAACAAUCAUUUUUGUGAAUCUGAUAUAUUUGCUGUACUGGUAGUUAUUUUUACGGUAUAUUUACCUUAACACAAACAAAAAAUGUAUGAGAUCUACUUACCAGCAAGUAAUACUUAAAUUUAUUGUAGAGCAAAGCUCUCAAAUAUUUUUCAUCGGUGCUUCAAAUUUUGAGCUUGUAAAAAAAUCGGCAACGUCGCAACGCAACGGCUACGUCGUUAUUGGUUGUAUCAGAUACUCUUGCGCAUAAUGCGCUCAUCUAUUGGUUGAAAUUUUCGCUCCAACUUAAAGCGCAGUUGCCGAGGUUAUGAAUUAUCGUACAUUUUUCACCUUGUUCUCAAAUAUUUUUGUUGGAAAAACUUUUUUAUAUGUUUUAUUCGCUUGAAAAUUGCUCAAUGAAUUGGAUUGUCUCGUAUUAAGAAGAUAGUCUAGUCAAAGAUAUGAAUAAUCAAAGUUUUCCUGGAAAUCGUUCUGUUUUAGUGCCUUAUAUGCUCUUCUUGGUACCAUCUAUAAAUAUUCUUGAUAGCUGUAUGCUCCCGGGCUCGUUCGGGUCGUACCAGGGUACCUCGAAACGUUUAAAGACCUUCACAAUGUAACUUAAGUUUAUUUUUGACUGUAAACAUACUUAAUAUGCUGCAGAGGUGUCUCUAGCACCCAAAAUUUGAAACACCAAUACAGUUAUGCUGUGAAGGACACUAACGUCGAUGUCCUCUAAUACUAUCCGAACUUUUAAAAUUUUAUAUAGAUUUUUUCUAACGCUUGUAUCUUCCACUGUUGCUCGAGUGAGUAUACGGCUAUGAUGAAAAUUUUGGUAGUUAUCUGAUAUACUCUAGCUAAGGAUUGUUAUUAUAUAUAUUAUCAAGUAUUGUGCGAUAGAUUUUAACUUAUUUUUAUUCUUUUUAAUUAUGUUGUAAUAUUUUAUUAACUUAUUAUGUGGAGUGUAUGUUUGAUUUACUUUAAAAAUAAAGAAAAUUAUUUAAAAA